UACAUUUGUCCACGCCUCUUAACUUGCCCGUUGAUGGCGUCGAAUAUGCGUGGAUAAGUUGCGAGUGUACAUUGCAUUCUUCGUGAGUUUAAAGCCGUCACAAUGGGUAAAGGAUACAACAACUACAUGUGCAAAAAGCCAUUUCAUCCUGCCUCAAGGGACAACAUCAAAAGGACAUGGAUGGCAGAACAGAGGACUGAGAAUGAAAAAAGAAAGCAAGAGGAGCUGAAGUUGCAGUAUGAGAAGGAACAGGAUCUUUAUAACAACAGGUCUAUGGUCAGUAAGGAGAGCAAGGAAAAACUGUCGCUCAAUUUCAUGUAUGAAGCCCCACCUGGUGUCAAAAGAGAGCAUCAGAAGGAAGAUGAUGAGCCUGAAUUCAAGUUCGAGUGGCAGCGCAAGUACAAUGCACCACGAGAAGACUUUGCCAAGGACAACAAGGAGAUUCGUGACCAGCCGUUCGGUAUCCCUGUGCGCAAUGUUCGAUGCAUUAAGUGCCACAACUGGGGUCACAUCAACACUGACAGGGAGUGCCCCAUGUUUAACCAGGCUUCUACGUCUUCAGGUGGCAUAAGCAUGGACCCGCUGGAGUUGAUGAAACAAAUGAGGGAUGAUGGACUCCAAAUGAAGGCCAGUGCCUUGGGACAUGGCUUCAGUGUGAGCCAAGCGAAUCAGCUGCUUGUACCAAGUGACGACGAAGAUCGCGGUGACCCUGAGGUGGCAUUCUUGAAGUCUCUCAGCAUGAAGCAGAAGAGAAAACUCCUGCUGAAACUAAACAAGAUGGCAAAGAAACAAGACGCAAAAGCUGAGAAGAAGAAACGUAGCAAGGACAAGAAGAAGUCCAAGAAAAGAAAGCACAAGCAUGGUGGCAAAAAGGGAAGUUCCAGUAGUGAGAGCUCCGACUCUGAUGUGGCUAAGCGAAGAAAAGAUCGCAAACGGAAGAAGCACGGGGGAAGUGGCAAGAAAAAGGCAUUCAAGAAGGGCUCCAGCCACGAGAGCAGUGGAUCGAGCAGCAGCUCAGAUGAGUCGAGCUCUUCAAGCGACUCUAGCAGUCGCUCAUCCUCUUCAGACGGCAGCGACGACCCACGCUCACGCAAGCGACGGGCCUCUGAAGAGCCUAGUACGACCACAACCGACAUGUCAUCCUCCAAAAGAGCCAAGCACGGCCGCAAGAAGAAGGAGUCCAAGAGACACCGACAUGGCAAGAAAGCCUCCGGCUCGAGUGAUAGCGAGGACAGCUCCACUGGGGACAAACACCACAAGAAGAGGAAGAAGCACAAGUCCUCAAAGGAAAAGAAGCCGCUCAGGGGAAAAGUUCCACUCAAAGAGAAGACAAGCAAAGGCAUCAGCAGCCUCGUGGAUGAGCUGAAGGAAUUGCUCCCCAAGACAGGUGGAGCAGGGUCUCUCUUUAAUGAUGGCAAAGCACAAAAGCCCCCAGGACUGCUUUUCAGUGACCCCAUGAAAGACCUGCUGCCAAAGCCAGCUUCAUCUUUCUUGGACGAUGACGUGGAGGAAGCCGUUUCUAGAAAGGACCGGUCCUCCUCUCACCACCUAGCCAACCUUUUUGGGGAGACAUCAUCGAAGAACGGCUCUGCUAUGUUUAGCGAAUCACUGAGUGAUUUUUCAAAGUCAAAGGACACCUCUGCGCUGUUUGAGGAGUCUUUGGAUGACCUAUCAGCGAGGCACGUGGCUGAGCCUCCUAACGACAUGCCUGCAUCCAAGCCGCUGUUUAAGGACACUUUCAAAGAGCUUGUCGCUAAGCCAAGUGGUGGAGCCACUUCCGGCGUGUCAAUAUUUAGUGGGGACCUUGACGAUCUGCUACCCAAAGGGCACGACUCCUCUGAUGAAGAGUUGAGGAAGCCACCAUCACCUCCGAGGGCAAGCUUUAAAAAAGAACUGGGCAAACCACAGAAAGUAAUAGAUUUUGAUUUCAACCUGGAAGGACUUGACGAAGAGGAUGGCUUUGGUGGCACUGCUAAGAGUGUCCCCAAAGUGACUGCUGGCGGCAGUAGCCAGCUGAUCCAUUUUGACAUCGACUUUGAGAACCUUGAAGCAAACAGCAGUGUACCUAACAGCUCCAAAGAGAAGUACUCACCAUCAUCUCCGACUUCGGUUAUGAAGAAAGAUUGCGGCUCAGACCCUGAGCCUGACAUGAUGAGUUGCCUGCUAAGGAAUCCGUCUCCACCACCUCCUCGCAGAAACAGCAGCUCCAACUCAAGCCCGGACCUGUAGCUGUGCACGUGUUUCGUUUUUAUGAAAAGGGAAAACCAGUGCUGUAGCUGUAUAGACACGCAUUUUAUCACACUACAGCUUCGAAAUCACUGUCGUAUUAGUUAUUGUCUCUCUUGUCAUGUUUGUCAGGUGGAUUACUGUAAACGCAACAAGUUCAAUGCUGGCACCUUGUGCGUCAGUGUACAUUUAAAAGUUUGAUAAAGGGGUAAGGUGACACGGUCUGUUUAUUUUUAUUGUAUCGCACAAAGCACUCUGUACACGGGUGGAACCAAAGAUAAGCGGAACAUAGUGCUAAGCUUUAUUGUGACAAAUUUGAAUCCCUGUGUAUUUAACGAGGCAUUAAGUGUCAAAAUGUGGGCUUCAACAUGCAUCAGUGCAGUUAAUGCAGUGCCUUGUUCUGUUUAGUUCUGGUUCCAUCUUGUGCAUGUCAUCUCAACAGUAGCACGGUGUGUUGUAUGGCGCUUGUUAUCAAAUGAGCAUUUACCGCUGCUGCAUACACAUGCGUAAGAUGUCUACGGACACUUUUAGCUCGUGUACUAACCUGGGCAGAUGUGUGUUCAUGAAGAGUGAAGGACACAUUUUAGGGUAGAGUGUUAAUGACAGCAGCACUGUGAAGAUUUCCAUCGUAUUUGCUCAUCGUAAGUAACCACCAGCAACUUUUCUUUGUUUUGCUCUUAAUGUUCGAGCUCUUGUUAAGGGAGAUAAAAUAUACUGCAGAGAAGCAUUGGUACAAAUUUUGUGUGGGAAUCUUCACUGUAGCUUGUGCCACUGUACUGCGAAGCCAGUUCCAAUUUUAACUUGUGUCGUGCGAGUUUUCGCACUUCGAUUUAGUUGUCUCACUGCCUUCCUCAGUGAAAUACGCACAUGCCUUGUACAGCAAAAUACCACAUUGGCAUCAUUUUACCCAAUACACUGUCAUUCUUUAUUGUGGUGAUGCAUUUCAUGAUUAAGAGCACGUGUGCGUAUUUCAGCAUUCAUGGACACUGUAUGUUGCCUAAAUAAAAAAUGAAUAGAGUUAACCUCUUGUCAGUACAUGUUACUUCAAUAUUUUUCUCUUUGCACCCAACCAGUGUGUAUGUAUGCAGGCAAUUUUUCCUCCACACUUUGUCUCAGUGAAUAUCAGUCCUGGUCUGUCAUUUUUAUUAUUUUUUUCAUCUAUUUUACAUGAAAUUUGUCUUGCUAUAUCUCUUCUGAGUAGUGACUGCACAAGCUAAUGCCCAAUGGAAAUAGGCCAUGGUCCCUAUGUGUCUAGUACUCUGUAGAAGCAUGUGACAAAAAAAAUAUCCUUCUGCUGUUGUCAUUCAUGAAUAAAGACACUGGGUGUUCUCCCAAAAGUAAA